GUGCGAGUUCAAAUUAAUUGCUUCUCAAGUGUAUGAACGAAAUCGUAGCGAUGUGCCAAAGGAACGAUUCUUAUGAUGAAACUGUGGAGUAUCUAACAGAUUUCUCGCCAGAAUUUGCUGACCACGAUCCAAGUAUGGAAAAUCACUCCAUCAAUGAACAGCAGAGCAAUUCGGAAGGUUCAUUACAGGAUAACGUUGCGGAUACGUUUAGAGAUGAUUACCACGAUGAUUCCGAGCAGGACAAUCCAGAGCCUGAGUUGAAUAUGGAAACAGCUUAUAAAAAGAAGUUUUUCUUUCUCGCCAAUUUUUUUGUGAAGCAGUACACGAGACAAAAAAAAGGUGUAUGUAUCAAUAAAAAAACGAACGUGCCUGAAAAAGUUUUCGGCGAUACUAUUCCUGAGGUGCUGAACUGUAUUUGAGCAUUCAUUG